AUGGGCAACCGUCGCACCCAAAAUACAGCUGCACCCCUACAACCACAACAGCUACAACUACAACUACAACUACAACAGUCAUCACAGUUACAGCUACCACCCUCAAGACCAACACCAACCGUAGUCGUCGCCUCCGGGAAAAAUUCGCAGCAACCUUCUGUCCUUUCUAUUCGCAAAUCUCUUUCUUCACCAACUAAAGAUCUCAUUCCUCCUGUUACUAUCCUACAGUCUUCUUCACACGAGUCUCUUGCAGGCAAGCCAAAACCUCCCCCAAAACCUAUCAUGAAAAAGUCUUUGCCAAAAGCCCAGCAACCUAGGAUUAAGUCGGCCAGAUCUAUCGAGUCAUUCAAUGAACGUUCUCAACCACAAACCCAGUCUCAGCCACAGUCCCAACCACAGUUGCAUCCACAUCCAAAUCUAAAUAUACAUCUACAACCACCGCCACCGCCACCUCCAAUAAGGAUGGCUAGUGCGUCUAGAUUUGGAAAGAACCUCUUGCCAGUCUGGCUAGGUGGAGGAGCUCCAACUGUUACUGUAACCGAAGAUCAGAAUAUUACGCCAGAUCCAGUAGAGGCUCCCAAGGUUGCCAGCCCUCAAUCUGCCACUAGCCCCGAAAGCCCGUCUGAGCUCUUGAAUACUUUUGAAACAUUGUUGGCAAGUUGUUCACAAACAAAUUAA